AUGGUUUCCCCGCCGAAGAUAGAUGAACUAUUUAAAGUCGACGGCUAUUUGACACCUUUCAGGGGUGAAAUUGAACGACGCUAUGGAGUGUUCAAGGAUUUUGAGAAACGUAUCGAUGAAUGUGGAGGCUGGGAAGCCUUUACACAAGGUUACAAAGAGUUUGGCAUGAUUGUGCAGCCGGACAACAGUAUCAAAUGCCUGGAAUGGGCACCUGGGGCGGAUGGUCUUGCUCUUGUUGGGGAAUUUAAUAAUUGGGACCUAAAGGCUCACGAGUAUGUACGUGGUGAAUACGGCCGAUGGACGCUGAAUAUUCCACCAACUGAUGAUGGGUCUUGUCUGAUCAAACAUGGAAGUGUCAUUAAAAUUGCCGUGACCAAAGACGGAAAGCUCGAGCAUAAAUUGUCUCCAUGGGCUCACUAUGUGACUUGUCCAACUGAUUCCGUCGUCUAUCAUCAGAUUUUCUAUAAUCCAGCCAAUCCUUAUGUAUUAAAUGCUCCAAGGCCCGAUCGUCCAAAGUCACUUCGCAUUUACGAGGCUCACGUUGGAAUCAGCAGUCCAGAGGGAAAGGUGAAUGACUAUCGGGCAUUUGCUGACGAUGUUCUUCCCCGUAUCAAGCACCAAGGCUAUAAUUGCGUACAGCUGAUGGCCGUGAUGGAACAUGUGUAUUAUGCCUCAUUCGGUUACCAAGUUACUUCAUAUUUUGCUCCUGCAAGUCGGUGUGGCUCUCCUGAAGACUUGAAGUAUUUGAUCGACAAAGCGCACCAGAUGAAAAUCACAAUGCUUCUUGAUAUCGUACAUUCACACGCUUCGAAGAACGUUGCUGACGGUCUGAACGAAUGGGAUGGAACAAAAGGUUGUUACUUUCACGAAUCUGCUCGAGGAUUUCAUAAUCUAUGGGACAGUCGCCUUUUUGAUUAUACAAAGGUCGAGGUACUACGUUUUUUGCUGUCGAAUUUACGUUGGUGGAUUGACGAGUAUGGGUUUGAUGGUUUUCGUUUUGAUGGAGUGACCAGCAUGCUUUACCAUAGCCAUGGAAUGAAUGACUCGUUUGCUGGUGGAUACCCGAUGUACUUUGGUCUCAAUGCCGAUACCGAUUCUCUGGUUUAUUUGAUGCUCGCAAAUGAUUUUCUUCAUCGUAAAUACCCACAAAUCAUCACAAUUGCUGAGGAAGUGUCGGGGAUGCCUGGUUUGUGUCGUCCAGUUGAAGAAGGAGGGCAAGGGUUCGAUUAUCGGUUGGCCAUGGCUAUUCCCGACACGUGGAUCAAGAUUUUGAAGCAUCAAGCCGACGAAAAUUGGGAUAUUGCAAGCAUUGUGCACACGCUGGAAAAUAGACGUUACCUCGAGGCUCAUGUAGCGUAUGCUGAAUCACAUGAUCAAGCUUUGGUUGGAGAUAAAACGAUAGCAUUCUGGCUAAUGGAUAAAGAGAUGUACGACUUUAUGUCUACUGUCAGUCCAAUGACUCCAAUUAUUGAUCGAGGAUUGGCUCUGCACAAACUUAUUCGCCUAAUUACCUUUGGUCUUGGCGGUGAAGCAUGGCUAAAUUUCAUCGGAAACGAAUUUGGACACCCAGAGUGGCUAGACUUUCCUCGAGUGGGAAAUCAGGAAAGUUUCCACUACGCAAGAAGGCAAUUUAAUCUUGUAGACGACGAUCUUUUGAGAUACAAGUUCCUCAAUAACUUUGAUCGUGCAAUGAAUCAUUUGGAAGAAGAAAACGGGUUCCUGCAUAAAGGCUCGGCGUACGUCUCUUGGAAGCAUCAGGAUGAUAAAGUUGUGGUCUUUGAGCGAGGCGGCUUGGUCUUCAUGAUAAACUUCCAUGGACAAAAGUCAUUUACCGAUUACAAAGUUGGCGUUCAACAAGACGGCAAAUAUACCAUUGCACUCGAUUCGGAUCAAGCAGAAUAUGGUGGUCAUUCUCGUGUUGACCCUAAAAGCGAAUAUUUCACUUUUCCUGAAGGAUAUGCUGGACGCCCCAACCACAUUUGUGUCUACCUCCCUUCGAGAACCGCGCUUGUGUUGAAGAAAGUA